AUGACAAGCCGUGUCGUCAAAAACCAAUUAAUUUUCCGCGUUUCAGAUCCAAACAAAUCCUCGAAGAAAACCGGGGGAAAGAGUGGCGAACCAAAAGAUGCUGUCUACCAUGCUCGUCGGCCCCAUCGCAAGUCCCGAACUGGCUGCUUGAACUGUAGAAAACGGAGAGUCAAGUGCGAUGAGACAAAGCCAAAGUGUCGAAAAUGUGACACGCAUGGGAUAUGCUGUGACUACGUCGUAGCUCUAGCCCAACCUCGUCGAACAGGAUCACUUGCACAAUUUGGUCGGGAGGCAACUCGUGUCGAGAUUUCGCUUUCGGGUAUGCAGUUAUCCGUGUCCAUGGUCGAUUUGGCCGAUAGAAUUGAACGGGUGAUCCGACCCAAUAUGUCCAGAUCAACAACCCAUAACACCGUAAAGUAUUUUAGUCAUUUCAAGACCAUGGCCGCGCAGGCUUGUUCGUUGUCAAACACCCAUAAGCUAGUCAUGGGCGGCGAAAUGAUCCAGGUUGCUUUCCAGGCCCCGUACCUCAUGCAUGCUAUUUUCGGAGUAGCUUUAACGCAUCUCCGCCAUCUUCUGCCACAUGACAAAACGUAUGCCAUAUUUGCGGGGAUCCACUGGCAACGUGCAAUACAACUAUACCGAAAGGAAAUCUCGAAGUCAAUCGACGAACACAAUAUGGACCCUCUUUUGUCUGCCUGCAUGCUAUUGAGCACUGUCAUUUUCGCCGCCGAUGAAUGCAAUCCUUCUGACUCUUGGAUAUUUUCGUCGGACCCCACAAAACUUAGUUGGCUUCUUGGCCAAUCCGGGCUGCAGUAUAUCCUCGAAGCUGUCUCGGAGGAACAACGACGACAAAGCAUAUGGCUCAAAGUUUUCCAGGAGUACGAUGAUGCGGAUUGCAGCUCCAAAUGCAACACUCCCGGCCUGGAUGGAUUGCACCGGGGACUAGCAGAGCUGUGCCAGAUCAAUGAAACGACCACUGGUGAGACCAGUCCAUACCACUGGCCACUUCGAUUGCUUAGUCCGAUGUUAAGUCUCAGACCGGACGGAGGUAACUUUUCAAAGUUGAUCCCAUUCAUGGGGAGACUGGAGCCAGCUUAUACUAGUCUCCUCCAGAAGAAAGAUCCCAAGGCACUGCUCAUAUUAAGCUACUGGCUCGGGAAGAUGUGUGAAGAGAAGCAGUGGUGGAUAUACUCCAGAGCCCAUUCUGAAUGUUUCGCAAUUUGCAUGUAUCUCGAACACAAUGAAGAUGAACGAAUUGUGAAUCUGCUCCGGUACCCCGCUGAGAGAUGCGGCUAUAUUUUCGACCCCCCCAUUCUCGAUGAAAUGAUCGGCCAAGAACGUAUCCAUGCUAUUGAUUUCCCUUGA